GUAAUACCUACUUAAAUAUAUCAAUCAUACCAAGUACAAAUCAUAAUACAUAUUUCCCUCUAUAUGUGCUUAUUUUGAAUAAAACCGACAUGAAAAGAGACAGUAGACAACAAGAUGAAAUUCCAAUUAGUGUUCCAGAUUUCUCGAUAUGGGACGUCGGUUUUGAUCAAAUUUUAUUUCACAAUGAUCCAACCAAUCUCGAAGUAAAAAACCAUAAAGGAAAUAAAAUUGCAGGUAAAUUACAAGAGAUCGAAGGCGCAAGAAUCAGUGAGCGGUUGGAUAAGAAAAUAGUGCACAGAGAAAUUGAGAGGCAAAGGAGAAAAGAAAUGGCCGACCUUCACGCCUCUCUCCGUUCAGUCCUCCCUUCCAAGUGUAUCAAGGGCAUGCGGUCGGCAUCAGAUCAAAUUCAUGAGGCUACAAAGUAUAUAAGGUAUAUGCAGAAUAAAGUUAGACAGCUGGAAAUGAAGAGGGAUAGCAUAAAGAAAUCGCCAGAAUAUGAAAAACAGGGUUUGUUGAGAGAGAGAGGGAGUUCUAGCAAGGCUUUGCCUAUUACAGUAAGGGUUCAGCGAUGCACGGCCGGCGUCGAGGUGUUGAUCUUGGCGGAAGGGCGAAGCCUUCACCUAUCGAGAAUCCUCGAGCUGCUGCUCGAUGAAGGCCUCAAUGUUGUCCACUGUAAUUGCACCAAAUUUGAUGGAAGGUUGCAUUGCACCAUCCAAUCUGAGGAUGUAACUAGUCCGAGUAUCGAUCUCCAGAUGCUGCAAGUAAAGCUGACGAGUAAUAUUGACAAAUUUAGUGAUCAAGUAUGAUGCAAGAUUCUUGCAUCAUUUUUAUGAGCUGUUGAAAGAGUUAUUCGAGUAAGUUUGCAUAAGUGGGAUCAGCAUUGAUUUGGCAUUGUUUUUCUUGCUCAUGGAGACGAUAGUGGUUUGAUCUGUUCAUUUGUUAUUGAUUAACAAAUCAUGUCAUACAUUACCUAUUUUGUUAUGGGAUCAUCAAUGCAUACUGGUGUUAUGGGCCUUAAACUUUGAUCUAGAAAUUAACUUGUUAGGCUUUAAAAGUUAAAGAUUUAUUUUUCUUUACCCUAAUGUUAUUCAUAUAUAGUAACAAUCAAAAAUUAA